UUCACGAAGUCAGGUGCUAAUCAGCGUCUGUUGAGUAGAGCACUGUAUCUUAAAAGCUCCCUCGAAGCUUCCCUGCUGAAAUUGAGGAAGUUGAACAUUGACUCUCAGAACAGAAAGGCUUCAUCAGUUGAAGAGGAUGAUGAAGACGACAGUGAUUUCAUUGAGGUACCAGAAAAAGAACGAUAUGAGUCCGAUAUCUUUGGUCAUCUAAAAGUGGAAGAUGGUUUGGGUUCCACUUCAUCCACUCCAGCACCAUCACAGCAUGUCCCGAAAAGCAUUGUUACUGGAACAUCUUCCAGUCUACCACAAGCUCCCUCCGCCUACUCCAGGAGAAUGAAAAGACUCAAAGAAGAAGAAAAGGACCCAACUUGUGCUGCUGCAACCUUCCACAUCUUCCAAAACAGCCUUACCAUGACUGCAUCAUCCAGUAGCACUUCUGAACCCAGUUCAACUCAGUCCAACAAAGACCAAACAACUUCUCAGGCUCCAGUCGUUCCAUUUGGUUUGGAUUUGUAUUACUGGGGCCAGGAGCAGCCUAACUCUGGCAAGAUCACCAAAUCAGCCUCUCAGCAUCAAUUCUGGGUUCCAGCUGAUGUGGAAGAGGAGGUGGAAAACAAGGAGCUUAAGGUUGAGAGCAGAUGCAGAUACAUCUCUUUCCCUGGGCAAUUCACUCCUGUCAGCCACUAUUGUAAUGCACCAUUAGGCAAUGGGAAGAUGUGUAAGAGACAAGACCGAUUGAAGUGCCCUUUCCAUGGCCGUAUUGUUCCGCGAGAUCAGGAGGGUCGGCCCUGCAGCCAGGAGGACCGUCAGAGAGAAGAGCAGCAUAGGAUGAAGACAAAGAAGAAACAUGACUGGCAUGAUGCAGGACUAGUUCGAGACAUUGAGAUUGCAACAGGACAAAACCUAGGUUCUGAAAGACUGGAUAAACGGCGCAAAAGAAAGAAGAAUAAAUACCCCAACCUCAGCAAUCUGAAGGACAGCGCCAACACAUCACGGGCUCGGCUUGAGAAGCGGAUAUUCAACAAGAGCGCCAUGCGCAGAGUUGCUGAGACGAUGAAUAAAGUUGACAGGAAAAAGCAUGAAAAGUUUUCCAACCAAUUCAAUUAUGCCCUCAACUGACCUUCACAGUUAUUUUUCAUUAGUUUUGUUUAUCAAUAAUUGUACAGUGAUCCUUCACCACUUUGCGCUUUAAAUUUUGUGGCUUCAGUGUUUUGCGUUUUUUUUUUGUUUUUUUUUCC